AUGGAAAUGAUGAGCUCCAGCAGAGCGUCGUGGUUGAGUUACUAUAUAGUCGGCGAUCGUGUUCUAUUACGGUACAAAGAAAAAGCCCAGCUCACUGAUCCACUGGCACUCGGACGCUCGGUAUCAAAUCAUCUGGGCGAGCUCAAACAUGACGAGAUACUUGGAAAACGAGCCCGAGACCGUGUCGCGACUCACAGAGGCCACGAGAUACGAAUUCAUGUUCCAACACUGGCAGAGUAUAUAUAUCCGGCUGAUGCCAAUUUGAUCGCCUCAUUGCUUGACAUUCAUGUUGAUGCUUCAUUGGCAAAUGGGGCAGAUUUUCAACUAGAGAUUCUUGAAGCAGGCACUGGCAACGGAGCUUUGACGCUAUAUCUCGCCAGGAUUAUACAUGCCGCUAACGUGGGCUUGAAAGAGGACAAUCUUGGAGCACACGAAACCACAGCUUCACCAGAUACGAAGACUUUACGCAGAGGAGCGGUCAUACAUACCGUAGAUGUAGAUACUCGCAAUUCCCAGCUUGCACGAAAAAAUGUUCAGGGUUUUCGUCGAGGUUUGUACACAACCGACGUUGCAUUCUACGUUGAGGAUGUCUCGAGCUGGAUCGAUCAGCAAAUCAAAGCUCGUCAUAAUCCUUCAGAAAACGACCAAACAUUCUUAUCUCAUGCCUUGCUCGACAUGCCUAACGCUCACAAGCACGUCGCAAAAGUUGCGACAGCUCUGAAUACGGAUGGGAAUCUACUGAUCUUCAACCCAAGCAUCUCCCAAAUCAUGGCUGUCGUAGACAUUGUGAAGCGCCAUUGCUUGCCGUUAAUCCUCGACACAGUAUUAGAGCUAGGGCCAGGUCUUACUGGCGGAAAAGAAUGGGACGUCCGGAGCGUGAUUCCAAGAGCGCAGCUAAAGGCAGUCAACGGAAUGUCGAAUAGCGAUACUUAUGAACAGACCUCGCUUGCGGCCAAGGAGGACAGCAACCAACCACGGACCGCAAAGCAUUACAGUGACGGAAGUUCAGAAUCACAAACCAGUCUCUUUAAAUCGGAAAUGAUCUGCAGGCCCAAGGUAGGUGGAAUGGUCAGGGGAGGAGGCUUUGUGGGCAUGUGGAAGAAGAUGAAGGAUGAGAAAGGUAUGAGUAGAUGA